AUGGCUACCAGAGAUCUCCCUAAAUCUGCAAACGAUCUUCUCUUUGGAUGGGUCGGCCGUAUCCAAGAUGAAAUGACCAUUGGAAAAUCACAAGACGAAUUGGCCAACAAUGAUAAGCUUUCCAAGCUUGAUGAGUUCUCAUCGAUCCACUCAAGCGAUGAAGAGUUUGUUGCUGGUGACUAUGACAAUGCGACAGUUGAAACCAAGGUUAAGUUGAAGAACUUGUGGCCAGCUUUUGCUUCCGGUGCCGGUUUAUUUUCUGAUGGUUAUGUGAAUGCUGGUAUAAGUACCGUCAUUUCUUGUUUGAAAAUGAUUUACGGUGAUGAGUUUACCAAAAGCAAUGCCAUGUCAAAUAUUGGGUCUAUUGCAUUUGUUGGUACGGUCGUUGGUCAAUUAGGGUUUGGAUAUAUCAGUGACCGUUUGAGCAGACACAAGGGGAUGCUCAUUGCGAACGUUAUGUUGAUUAUAUUCACUUUAUUAUGUGCCGUUGGAUCUUGGGGUAAAACCACCCAGGGGUUCUUUGCUUGUUUAACCGUUUGGAGGUUCUUUCUUGGUAUUGCUAUUGGUUCGGAAUACCCAACAAGUUCAGUCAUUGCAUCUGAGUUUGCAAACCAGUUGCCAGCAGGACACAGAAAUCGGUACUUUUCCUGGUUCACCAAUAUGAUGAUUGAUUUUGGAUUUGUUGUUGCUAGUUUUGUUCCACUUGUGUUGUUGUGGAUAUUUACGCCUCGUCAUUUACGUGCAUUGUGGAGACUAAGUAUCGGAUUGGGAGUUAUUCCGCCAUUGAUUUUGUUUUUCAUCCGGUUGAAAAUGUCAAAUUCAAAAAGUUUCACCAAGUUGAACAUGAAGAGAGUUGAUUAUAAGGAUUACCCGUUCUGGUUGAUUAUAAAGUUUUAUUGGUUUAGGUUGGCCGUGGUAUCGUUGAUCUGGUUCAUUUAUGAUUUUUCAGUUUACUCAUUUGGUACAUUCAAUACAAUCAUCAUUGGGGAAAUAAUUCCCAAUGGUACAUUAUAUCAAAAUUGGGGUUGGUCAGUUGUGUUUAAUUUGUUUUAUAUGCCUGGGUCCUUCAUCGGUGCUAUAGUUGCUGAUUAUUUAGGUCCAAGAUUGACGUUAGCCUUGGGUGUUGGAAUUCAAGGCGUCAUAGGCAUAGCCAUGUCAGCUUGUUUGGACUCCUUAAAGAAACACGUUGCUGGUUUUGUUGUUGUUUUCGGAAUUUUUACUACAUUUGGUGAGUUUGGACCCGGUAACAACACUGGUUUACUAGCUUCAAAGACUUGUGCAACUGCUAUCAGAGGUCAAUAUUAUGGUAUUGCUGCUGCUGUUGGUAAAAUUGGUGCUUUUGUUGGUACCUGGGUAUUCCCUGCUAUUCAAAAGCAUUACGCUUACAGCGAGAGCUUGUCAUUGCAGGUGCCAUUUUACGUAUCAUCGGCAUUGUGCUUGUUUAGCGCUCUUUUGACUAUCUUCUUUGUGCCGCCGGUGGGCCAGGAUGCCAUCGACAAAGAAGAUAAGUUGUUUUUGGAGUUCUUGCGUGAUAACGGGUUUACCAAAUUUGACAAGUUCGGAGACUUUGGCAUUGUUACUGCCAAUGAAGAUAGCAAGAUUGGUAGAGAUAUUAUUACCAUGGGCGAAGUGGAAAAGAAUGACGAUGAGGUUGUGGUUGUUCACGAGAAGAAAUAG